AUGUCCACCACCACCACCGGCAUCGUGGAUCAGGCCACAGUGGCUGCUGUGCCAGCAGCGGCGGAAGAGCCGAAGAAGAAGACGGAGGAAGAAGAAGCAGCGGUUGGGGGUAACGGCGAUGCUGGUGGCGCGGCCGAAUCGGCGGCCAAGAAAAAGCGCAACAGGAGGAAGAAAAAGAAGGCCGCUGCCGGCGGUGGCGCUGCUCCCGGUGAAGAGGAGGGAGAAGAGGGCGAGGAGAGUGCAGAGGAUGCAAGCGCUGCUUCCGCCCCCGCGGCUGCCACCUGCGCAUCAGUAGGAGGAGCGAAAAAGAAGAAAAAGAAGAAUAAGGCCGGUGGUGCCGGAGGCGAGCAGCAGCAGCAGCAGAAGAAGAAGGGCACCAGCAACCCCAACCACAUACGGGUGCUUGGCGACUGGGGCGCGGACUAUCCCUACGGCCAGACCUCGCCGCCCUCCAAGCCCGUCAUCACGCUCUUCCCCAACGGCGACUACCCCACCGGUGAGAUCAUGGACUAUCACCAUGACUUCAACACGUGGCGUACGACGUCGGCCGAGAGGCGCGAGUUGGACAGGCUCACGACGGACGUGUACCGCGAGGCGCGACUUGCCGCCGAGGUGCAUCGGCAGGUGCGGCAAUACGUCGAGGGCAUCAUCAAGCCCGGCGUGCGGUUGAUCGACAUCUGCGAGCAGCUCGAGAACAUGAACCGCAAGCUCGUCAAGGAAAAUGGACUGCAGGCGGGCAUCGCCUUCCCGACCGGUUGCUCGCUCAAUCACGUGGCGGCUCACUACACGCCCAACAGCGGCGAUACCACGGUGCUGGGCUACGACGACGUGAUGAAGCUCGACUUUGGCACGCACGUCAACGGGCGCAUCAUUGACUGCGCCUUUACGGUGGCGUUCAACCCCAAGUUCGACCCGCUCCUCCAGACCGUCAAGGACGCCACCAACACAGGCAUCAAGGCUGCGGGUCCGGACGUGCGACUGUGCGACGUGGGCGCAGCCAUACAAGAGGUCAUGGAGGCCGGCGAGGUCGAGCUUGACGGCAAAGUUUACCCUAUCAAGAGCGUGCGCAACCUCAACGGCCACUCGAUUGCGCCCUACGUCAUUCACGCCGGCAAGUCCGUGCCGAUCGUCAAGGGCGGCGAGGCCACCAAGAUGGAGGAGGGCGAGUUCUACGCGAUCGAAACCUUCGGCUCGACGGGCAAGGGCUACGUGAACGAGGACCUCGAGUGCUCGCACUACAUGAAGAACGUCCACGCUGCUCACGUGCCCCUCAGGAGCCAGAAGUCGAAGGCGCUGCUGGCCCACAUCACGAAGAACUACUCGACGCUGGCCUUCUGCAAGCGCUGGCUCGAUCGCUCGGGCGAGAAGGCCUACGCGCUCGCCCUCAAGAACCUGUGCGACGUGGGCCUCGUCGACGCCCUCAUGCCGCUGUGCGACGUCAAGGGCUCCUACGUGGCCCAAUACGAGCACACGUUCGUGCUGCGGCCCACCUGCAAGGAGGUCCUCUCCCGCGGCGAGGACUACUAG